CCCCGCGGCGAGCGACUGAGCGAGACACGGACUCACCGACCCCGCCCUCGCGGGGACCCGGGCGCGCCGACGACGGCGCGGAGAGGCGUGGGGGGGGUGGGGGGGACGCGCGCGCCCCCGACACCCCUUCCCUGACCGACACGGGCGCCCCCCGCCGGCGGCGCGGCGGGCAGUGGCCGGGAAACGCCGGGCAGAUCGCGUCGAGGCUGGCGCGGGCCGGCGCGCGCGCGAGCUCGUCCGGCCGGGGUGGAGGGGGUCGGGGCGUGGCGAGGGGGGAGAGCCGAGGCCCGGGCCGAGACCCGGGAAACCUCGGCGUGACCCCCCCCCCACACCCCCGGCCUUCCCCCUCCCGGCCGAGCGGCCGGGCGGCACGGUCGCGGGGCAGCGGACGACGGACAGCCAGGGCCCGGAACCACGCCCCAGCACACGGCGCCAGAGCGGGCAAGGGCGCGGCGGACGGAGGGAAGGGGGGGACGGGGACGGACGCGCGCGCCCCCCCGCCCGGCCCCCGCCUCGCCCGCACACGACGCCGGCGCGGGGCGGGACGGCGGCGGCGGACACGGGAGGGCGAGGCCGCGGCGGGCCCGGCAAGCGCCCACGCACCGGGGGUGGGCGCGGCCACCGGGUCGGCGGGCCGAACGGAGGAGAGGCCGCGACGCGGACGCCCGGCGGCGAGGGCGACGAGGCGCGGGCACGAAGAGCGACGAGGGGGAGAGGGCCGCGGGCCGUCCCCCGCGGGGCGCCGGCCCCGGGGGUCUCCAAACGAGACGCCGCAGGCGGCGACGCCGGGUCGGGCCCCCCCGGGGCGCACACGGGGUCCCACCGCCCGAGGCCUCCAGCACAAGGGCGGUCCCGUGGCACCCCGGGAGCCGAGCCGGCCCCGUCACACGCACCUCGGCGGACCCCCGGGGGCGGACCUCGCGGGGGAGGGGGCGCCCCGGCCCCGCCACCCCGAGGCCGCCGCGACCGGCCCCCGGAACGCUCUCCCGCGCGCACGGCGACGCGCCGGCUCCCUCCCGCGCACCCGACGACGCGCCCGGCCGGAUCUCGCCUCUCCCCCCUCUCCUCCCGGCCGCUCACGCGGGAGCCGGGGACCGACGGCGCUCCGCCUGGGACACGGCCCCCCCCCAACAUCCCCCCCGCGCACGAGGCGCGGAGGAGUAGGGGCGGGCGCGGGCACCCGAACGCGGCGAGGCCGGGGCUUCGGUCCCGCGGCGGGGACGGCGAAGGGAGGAGAGGGGACGGACGCGCCAACUCGGGCGUCCGGCCGAGACGCGGCGGCGGGGAUGGGGCGGGAGCGGGCGGCGGGCCGGAGGCGGCGGGGAAGGGGGCGCAACGCGGGGCGCGUGGACCGCGAGCGCGCGCGCGCACGCGGGAGGGCGCGGGGCUCGGGGAAGGGCGCGCCGACGAAGGCGCGAGCCGGGCCCCAGGGUAAACGUGCGCGGGAUCCCACCGCCACCAGCACGAGGGCGGUCCCGCGACGCCCGGGACGCCGGCCGGCCCUCAGCACCCUCGGCGAGGCCUCUUCCCCGGCGACCCAAAGCCGCCCCCCCCGCUUCCAACGCACGGCGCUGGCGGGGUCCAGGCCCGCGGGACCCCCGCCGCGGGAGCCUCCGCCUCGAACCUCCAUCCGUUCGGGCCGCCCCGGAGCCGCGCGCCCCGGGGAAGCGCCUCCCGAGCGAGGCGACCCGGCCCCGUGCCCGCGGCGCCACCGCCCAGCGGUGGCCCGGGACGACAGACACUCGCGCGGGAGAAGGCUUUUCUCACCAAGGGCGCGUCGCCCCCACCCGAUCCGAUCCCCCCGGAGCCGGGAACCCGCCGAGAGGCGGCGCCGAGGCCACCGGGACUCGGGGCGGGAGGAGAACGAGUCCUCGGCAGAAGGCCGCGGAGCACAGGGCGUCCCCGAGCGACCGCGGUCGGGGCCCCACGUCGAGGCCCGCCGGCCUUCCCCACGACGCGCGCUCAGGGCCGGCGUCGCCGCCCGAAAAGGCCGCCGCUCGCCGCCGCCUCCGGCCGAGGCACGAGGAAACGGGGCGAACGACGACAGCAACGCGCGGGGCAAGACCGACGGGUCCUCGGGGUGGCCGAGCGCCACGGCGCCGGCUCGGCCCGCCACGGCCGCUCACGCGCCCCGCCACACAC